UAUUUAUCAAAUAUUCACUUAUACUUGAUAUCACAAUAAAUGAAGAAUGUGUAAAGGAAUCACAAUAGUUUUUAAUAUUUUGAAAAUAAUCUUGCCAGUUUUAUUAACAGUAGCUUAUUAUAUAAAAUAUUUGACAACGUCGCCAUUAUUCUAAAAACAACCGCGAGAAAGGUUUCUAAAAAAUCAAUACUAACGUGGGAUUUUUAAAUCCAUAUUAACGAUUAGUUUUCGAUCUUUUUCUAGCCCUCGAAUAUCGUUACGUGAUCUCUGUCUAGCGACUUACACUAGUAGUAAACGAACAUACCACAAGGAUUGCACCGGUUAUACUUCGAACACAGCAGUAAAAUUUUCAACCAUUUUUUGUUCAAUAUGUACGUUAGAUAUGAAUUGUGCGUUAGAUUUAGUUUGCAGAUUGCAUAUAGUUGUAGUUUCGCGAGUAAAAAAUAGAAAGUUUGUAAAACUUAUGUGGUUGUCAUUUCGGAAUAUGUGGGUGGGAAACAUUCUGUAUUUUUCAAUUAACUAAUGAGAAAAAGAUCGUUGAUUUCUGGUUUGGAAUCGUUGUUCCUGCGUCACGGUUUACCUCUGGAACGGAACGUUCUCAAUCAAAACGUAUCUUUACGAAACGUCAUUAUUAAUUUCAAUCCUGGUAAGGAUAACGACGUAAUCAAUACUUCUACGAGGGUAAAUCGAUCUAAUAGAUCCGUCGAUGUCGUCAGCAAAAAUAUUUCUUUGGUAUUGGAGAAUUUGUUGGAAAAUUACGAAAGCAGUCAAUUACCAACUCACGGCAGAAAUGGCCCCACCGUUGUUCAAACAAAUAUAUUGAUAAGAAGCAUGGGGCCGAUAUCGGAAUUAGACAUGGAAUACUCCAUGGAUUGUUAUUUCCGUCAAUAUUGGAGAGAUCAGAGAUUAUCGUUUUUGGGACCGAUAAAAUCUCUUUCUCUUUCGAUAAAAAUGUUGGAGAGAAUUUGGCGACCGGACACUUAUUUUUACAACGGCAAAAAUUCCUAUGUACAUACAAUAACCGUUCCCAAUAAACUCCUGAGGAUAAGUCGGGACGGGGACAUCCUCUAUUCCAUGAGACUAACAAUCAAAGCGAAAUGUCCUAUGGAAUUGAAAAGUUUCCCGAUGGACAGACAAUCGUGUCCGUUAAUAUUCGGAAGUUAUGCUUAUACUUCGAAAGAUUUGAUUUAUCUAUGGCAAAACGGAGAUAGCGUCAAUUUCGUAAGCGGUAUGACGUUAUCUCAAUUCGAUCUCAUCAGUUCGCCGUAUCGAAAUAUCACGAUAAACAGACGAGAAGGUGAAUUUUCGGUUUUAGAAGUUUCUUUCAAUUUACAACGUCAUACAGGGUAUUUUUUAAUUCAAGUAUACGUACCGUGUAUUUUAAUCGUUGUAUUAUCGUGGGUGUCUUUUUGGAUACAUCGAGAAGCGACUAGCGACAGAGUGGGUCUAGGUAUAACCACCGUACUUACCAUGUCUACCAUCAGUUUGGAUUCGAGAACCGAUCUACCAAAAGUCAGAUACGCCACUGCUUUGGAUUGGUUUCUCUUAAUGAGUUUCUUUUACUGCAUAGCAACACUCCUAGAAUUCGCCGGCGUACAUUAUUUCACCAAAGUAGGUAGCGGCGAGAUCCCAAUAGACGAAGACGAUUGGGAGGAUUGUCCCGAAUCCGAAGGUGUUUCGAAUAAAACGGAAACUGAGUUCGAACCGGCGAAUAAAGACGAAAGACCCCGACGAAGAAAUUCGUUAAUUUGCCCGAUAUACAACGUGAAUUUGCACUGCGAAAAAAGGUCUUCGCUUGUUUUGGCGCAAGAUUCGUCGCUUCCCCCCUCCGCUGUUCGCUUGACCGUGGAAAGAACUACGCAAACGGAAAACAAACUGCCCAAAUGGAAGCAGCUUUUGUAUUGUCUGAAAGGAGACGACAAAUUCAGGAGACAGAGACAACGCGAAGCGGCUACCUCGAACGGCGCAGGUAGUCAACACGGCAGGGUCAGACACGUCAACAGCGUUUCUCUAAUAGAUAGAACCGCCAGAAUUGUAUUUCCGGCGUCUUUUUGUUUUUUCAAUUUAUUUUAUUGGAUGGCUUAUUUUACCACGCAGGAAAAAUUCGAAUGGGGCGACAACAAAUUGACUUCCGUCAAUCAUUAAAUCGUUUCGAUAUUUGACAAUUGACAUUCGACAACGUGAACUACCCAAUCGAACGAUCGCAAAAAAUGACAUUUGACGCGGAACGUUUCUGUGUCAAAAGAAUGACAUUUGACAUUUCAAAUCGUGAUCGUGAAUCAUCUAGUUCCAUGUCAAAGUCUUCUUUUACCAAUUUCUCAAGUGCUUUCA